UACCAGACGACAUCUAAUUACUCUACCAUAGAUUCUCUUGGGCUGCUGAUUUCUAGAGACUGACUUCGAUGCUCGAAAUUCUCUUCCCCAUCUUUCUCCUCGCCAUCCCCCCUCUAUAUCUCAUCUACAAACCACCCGGUCUCCUAAUCAGCCAUUUCCAGCGUCGCUGGCCGGAUGUCCUAUGGCGCGUCCCGACAUCCGAAAAGGUCGUGGCGCUGACUAUUGACGACGCGCCAUCUGAAUAUACAGAUGAGAUUCUACAGAUUCUCAAAACUCAUCAUGCGAAAGCAACCUUCUUCGUGAUCGGGUGUCAGAUCGCGGGUCGAGAAGAAUCGCUUAUUGAUCUCGUCCGCCAUGGGAACGAGCUUGGUAAUCAUGCUAUGUAUGAUGAGCCAUCGCGGAACCUGAGAGACGAGGUGCUAGAAGACCAGAUCCGUACUGUCCAGGGUAUGAUUCAGGGUAUUUAUGAGACUGCCGGUAUUCUCCAGAGACCGCAGAAGUACUUCCGUCCGGGUUCGGGGUUUUUCAGUACGAGGAUGCGAGAGCUUUUGAAGACGUUGGGAUUUCGUCUUGUAUUAGGAGACGUGUACCCGCAUGAUCCUCAGGUGCAGUUUUGGAGACUGAAUGCUGCGCAUAUCUUGAGUAUGGUUCGUCCGGGGAGUGUUAUUGUCUGCCAUGAUAGGAGGGCUUGGACGGCGCCUAUGUUGAGAAAGGUCUUGGAGGAGUUGGGACAGAGAGGGUAUAGAGUUGUUACGGUGACGGAACUGUUAGAUAUAGUGAAUUAGCACUCUACUGCGUGCUUUGAAUAGAGCCAAAAAGUACAGACAUGCUUUGCUAUCAAAAAGAGAUUCUUGAGUCAAAAGUUGCCAUUCUAGAGAAUCUCUGGAAAGUCCAGUACUUGUAACAGAGAACACAGGGAUGGCAUCGCAGACCGAAUAUGCUUCCCAGG